AUGAUCUCGACGGCUUCCGGCCUUGCUUGUUUCCACAAACGCGCCCCCUUGCUUGGCCUCACGAGCAGAAGAGAUUUCAGCCGCCAUCCGUACCUGCUAAGGCGUCCCAAACACUCGCGCAAGGGCGAAGUGCCUCUGAUGACGAGCGUAGCCGCCGAGGCGACAACGGCGGAGGGGUCCCGGCGCUUGUACGAAUAUGAACCUUUCGCUGACGCGCGCACCAUCCGCGUGCUGACGUUGCACCCAGCGCGCAGCCCGGAGGAGCCGCUGAGCGGCGACCUGAGCAUGGAGCCAUUGGAAGAGGCGGCGGCGAUGGCGGCGGUAGAUGAGGCGGCGGAACAGUCAGAGACGGACGGCGACGGUGGCUUCGAGGCCGUCUCGUACGUCUGGGGCAGCCGGAAGCGCACGCACGAGCUGCGUUGCGGCGAACAUCGCGUGCUGCUUAUCACGGAGAGCAUCGCCGACGCGCUGCGACGGCUGCGGCGUGCCGAUGACCGCCCGCGCCGCCUCUGGGCCGACCAGGUCUGCAUCAACCAGGGCGACGUCGUCGAGCGCAGCCAGCAGGUUAACCUGAUGAACAGCGUGUACCGCAGCGCGCGCCGCGUGCUCGUCUGGCUGGGGCGCGACGAGGAGGGCAAGGCGCGGGACGCCAUCGCCAUGGUGCAGCGCCUGCAGGCCGUGUUCGCGGACGAGCAGGCGCACGAGGAGUUUCGCAAGGCGCACUCGGAGAACCUGCACCAGCAGGAUGCGGUGCCAUGGCGGCCGUUCGCCAAGCUCGCGAUGCUACCUUGGUUUAACCGCAUAUGGAUUGUGCAGGAAAUCGGCACCCGCACGCCGGCCACGCUGUUCUGGGGCGAGGCCGAGAUCAGCUGGGACGUGCUUUCCUCCGUGGUCGCCGUGCUCAACGAGCGUUACCACCACCUGCGCGCGCGCUUUUCCGUCAUGACGCCCAACAUCCGGUAUCUGCACCAGCGCUUCGAGGAGCCCGACGCGGCCCUCAUCGCGGCGAACCAGCGCCACCGCCGCGGCGACUUCGUCUACGAGCUACACCGCGCCCGUCACAUGCUCGCCGAGGACCCGCGCGACCGCGUCUUCGCCUUCCUAGGCCACUUCUCCCUGCGCAGGCCCGACACCACGCCGGCCCUACGCGGGCUCGUGGCCGACUACGGCCGCUCCGUCGAGGACGUCUACUGCGACGUGGCCGUCCGCGGGCUCGAGGGCGCCGCGUCGCUCAUCAUGCUGACAGCGACGAACUACGGUGCCGAGGUCUCCCGGAGCAGGCAAAACUCCAUCUUGACCAACGCGGACGGCAGCGAGCCCUCGGCGCUCUCGUUCAAGCUGAACGCCUUGCCUUCGUGGGUGCCGGACUGGCGGCAUAGAGCGCAUCAUCUGUUCGGUACGCCUGAUACGCCGCAUCGCGCGGCCGGCGACACGAAGCCACAGCUCAGCAUCGACAGGAGCACAAUGACGCUUCACAUUAAAGGGAAACACAUGGAUACAAUAAAACUUGUCUCAUGGGUAAUACGUGGGGACAGCUUCCAUGUCCGCGGCCAGCGUGAAGAUGCCACACAUCCCAUGGUCGCACUCUGGCAGAGAGUGUGCCGUCAAAAGGCCCCCAUCCACCUCUCUGCCUCGUCGCCCACCUCCCGCGGCUACCCGACCGGCGAGGCGCCCUUCCUUGCCCUGGCACAGUGCCUCACCAACGCCGGCGUCGGCAUGAGCCGCCUCCGCGAAUAUUCCACCAUCCCCACCUCUGAGCACCUCGCCAACGCCGCCGCGUACCUGGGCCGGACCGCCCGCCGCUCGGACCCGAUGGUGUCGGACGAGAUCCGCGCUCUCGGGCGCGACGGGGGCGGCGAUGCGUUCAAGUGGUCGCAUGAGGCGUCGCUGAUCUCGAGGUACCGCCGGCUGGGCUUCUCGGCGCAGGGCCAUUUCGUGCUCGGCCCGGACAGCAUGGAGCCAGGGGACGCGGUGGUGGUGCUGUAUGGCGGGACGGUGCCGUUCGUGCUGCGGCGAAGGGGGCAGAGAAGCGAGGAUGGCUGGGUACUAAUUGGGGAGUGCUACGUGCAUGGCAUGAUGAAUGGUGAAGCGCUGACGAUGAAAGGUGCGGUCGACGAGACAUUUAGCAUUCAUUGA